AUGGCCUUCGUCGAGCUUCAGUCCGAGGACCACGGCAAUCUCCUCGACAUCGUCGACCGGCUCCGGUCGGGGGGCAUCUACAGGCAUGUCGAGCUCCCGGAAAUCAUUGUCUGCGGAGGCCGGUCCGCCGGCAAGAGCUCCGUGCUCGAGGCCAUCUCGGGCAUCUCCUUUCUGACCGAAGACAACGCGUGCACUCGUUUCACCACCGAGCUAGUCCUUCGCCGGCAGGACACCACGGCCGUCAAGGUAUCCAUCAAUCCGGGCCUGGAACGGAGCGGCCACGACAAGCGUCGCUCGGGCCGCUUCACCGUCCCCGUGAGCCUCGAAAAGCCCGACAUCGAGACCAUCAUCGGGGAAGCCAAGGAGUCCAUGGGCCUGUCCGAGGCCAAAAUGCUCAGCACCGACGUCCUGCGCGUCGAGCUUUGCGGCCCGACGCAGCCCCAUCUCACCAUAGUAGAUCUCCCUGGCAUGUUUCGUGCCGACGCCCAGGACCAGCAGGCUCAGGAUGCCGAGCUCAUCCGGGCACUGGUUCAGAACUACAUCCAGAGGCCGCACAGUAUCAUAUUGGCCGUCGUCUCGGCAGAGAACUACUCCUACCUGGGCGACAUCACCGACAUUGUUCGCCAACACGACCCGACGGGCAUCCGCACCCUGGGCCUCAUCACCAAGCCAGACGUUCUCGAGACGGGGUCCAACAGGGAGGCCGCGUACGUGCACAUCGCCAAGAACAGGGACGUCUUCUGCCAGCUCAGCUGGCACGUCCUCAAGAACAGGCACCACAAGGCGCGGGACGGCUCGGCCGUUGAGCGCAACGAGGACGAAGAGCGCUUCUUCUCGCGCGGCAUCUGGUCAACCAUAGACCCCAAGUACCUGGGCAUAAAGUCGCUCAUGCCGAGGCUCAGGGAGAUCCUCAGGAACCAGAUCCUGCAGCAGGUGCCAAGCAUCCUCCAGGACGUCGACAACGAAAUCGACGCGUGCAGGGCGCAGCUCAAGCGGCUGGGGAAGCCGCGCACCGCCGUCCUGGAACUGCGCAGGUACAUGCUGCAGGUGAGCAGGGAGUUUACGACCCUCAUCAAGGCCGCCGUGGAAGGCGAGUACGACGACGCCUUCUUCGGCAGCGCCAGGUCCGACCAGGGGUAUCGGAGACGCCUCCGGGCCCGCGUUCAAAACACCCUGACCAACUUCGAGAAGGAGAUGCGAGAGCGGGGACACAGCCGCGUGAUUAUCGAAGACGCCGGCAGCCAGGAGCGCAAGCUUCCCGACGGCCACCAGUGGCGAUCCGUCUUUGUCGCGGAGGUCAUGGACACCAUGAGACGCAGCCGCACGCGCGGGCUCGCGGGCACGUUCAACGCCCAGAUCAUCCGGGAGCUGUUCAUCGAGCAGUGUCAGCCGUGGCAGGUCAUCGCGAACAAUGUCAAAGCCGAGGUUCUGGGCAUCGUCGACGACGUUGCCCAGGCCAUACUGAACCAUGUCACCGUGGGCGGAACCACACGGGGCAUACACUUCCUUGUCGGGCAUGAAAUGGACAAUCUCAAGGCCGAGCUCAAUGCCAAGUUCCGUGAGAUCCUGAGACAAUAUGUACACGGCCAUCCCAUCACGUACAACAGCUACUUGAUCGACAUGGUGCAGAGGGAACAAGAAAGGCGAACGCACGACCGACUAGAGGAAGCGCUCGGAAAGCUUGUGGGACGUGACAGCUUGCAAGAGGGCCAUAACGUCACCAUUUCCCCGCUCAGUUUAUGCAACCUGCUCAAGGAGAGUGUCAACAUUGACAUGGAGCGGUCCGGGGCCGAGAUGGCGACUGAUUACAUGCUUGCAUAUUACAAGCUGGCUCUGGAGAAAUUUGUAGACGACAUCAGCGUUCUGGCUGUUGAGCAGUGUCUCUUGGAGAGGCUGCCCGCGCUGUUCCAGUCCGAGGCGGUCAUGGACCUGCAAGAUCAGGACGUCGCUUUCUUUGCGAGAGAGGGAGAAACUGCACCGACUGAGCGGAGCCGAUGCGCCGACAAGCUCAAAGUCCUGGAGUCGGAGAGGCGCAGGCUCGCAAAGCUCGAAACUCAUCGCUCGCCCCAAGUCACGGGUGCUCAGAGCCAAAACGUCACGGGUCCAAGGAUUCCACGAAGCUACACGACGGACUCGACUACUGCUGAUGACACGCGGGCAUUAGUCGCCGACUCCCCUGUUCCAGCCAAGACAUCCCAUUCCCCUGAUUUUGUCAUCGAAGCCGAGGUGGUAGAGCCUCCCCGGGCAGUUGGCGAGUCAGAAUGGACGUCCGGCCACGACGCGAAACCCUGUGCUGUCGAAGGUGAGUCCUGUGCGCCGGAGCCGGAGCCGGAGCCGGAGCCGGAGCCAGAGCCCUUGGACGAGACCGAGGUGGUGGAAGAAGCGGCGCCGGCGCCUGAGCCCGUCGCGGACAAGCCGCAGCAAGAACCGGAGCCGGAGGCUGCUCCAGAAGGUGAGCCUGAGUGUGCACCAGAAACAGCCGAAGAAGACAUGUGGGGUUUCAAGGCGAAAAAGGAGAAAUGGUAUGGAACGUGGGAAGAAGCGCCUGCUGAUGCUAAUGCUGAUGCUGACGUAGCUGAGCGUGAAGAACCGACCCCAUCGCUGGAGACACAGGAAACUACGUCUGAGCUCGAGCCGAAAUGCGUCGUCUCCAAAUACAGGAGAUGUAAGAAGAAUAAGAAGCCAAGAAAUCGAGUGGCCUCGGAUGUACCGGCCGCUGCGCCAGAGCCGCUUCUCAUAGUUGGACCUGACGUUUUCGACUCGUGGGGCGUGGCAGCGCGGUGA